UUGGGUAUAAUUUGGCCAGGACAAUGAGAAUCCAGAAUUCUUCAUGAAACACAACAGAGGAGGAAAUGGCCAUAGCCUUUAACAGUGCUCUGUAUCUUAAGGUCCCCAUUGGAGUUUUCUGCCGAAGAAGAGAGAGGGAACACGACCACCAUCCCUACAAAGUCAUAGAAAUCACCCCACCUCCCAAGAAUUUGGGCAUUCGGUGCUUACCGGCGAAUGUGCAGUGUGGUGAGUCAGUUACUAUAGAAGGUCAAACUUAUACAGUUUCAGCAGUAACACACAGAUACCAGCUUCGAAAGGGGAGAUAUGAGCCUGGUGAAAAGCGACUAGACGUUCAGUCAACUGGGAGAUACAUAUUAAACCUCUACUUAGAGGGCUUAUUAGAGAAAUCUUGACACCACGUUAAGGUUUUGUGCCUCACCAUUAAUUCCAAUUCAAUCAGCCUUAAUCAAUCAUCCAUAACCAUCUAAAGUGUUCUUCUCUAUCUACCAUUGUGUUAAUGAAAUUUGAGUUUAGCCUGUGCAAGAUGGAUUUAUGUGAUGUACAAAAUCAGAACCAUGGGCCAAUCUCAACUUUGAAAUGCGCUUUUUUAUGCCUUACUUUGGAACAGAGAACCAUUGGAAUUCUUGUAUUUGUUAUGUGGAUUCUAUCAGAUGUCAAUAUCCCAUUGCCAUUUGUGGAUUUAACAAUUUCAUAUAUGUUGCUAUCAUGAUUUUAUAUUUUAUGGUUC